AUAAAGGUGAGCUGGACAAGGCUAAAGAUUAUUAUCAACGAGCACUGGAAAUUCGACAAAAACAACUAGGUCCAAACCAUGUUGAUGUUGCAGCUUCUUAUAACAACAUUGGUGUGGUGUGUCGUGAUAAAGGUGAGCUGGACCAGGCUAAAGAUUACCAUCAACGAGCACUGGAAAUUCGACAAAAACAACUAGGUCCAAACCAUGUUAAAGUUGCAGCUUCUUAUAACAACAUUGGUGUGGUGUGUCGUGAUAAAGGUGAGCUGGACCAGGCUAAAGAUUACCAUCAACGAGCACUGGAAAUUCAACAAAAACAACUAGGUUCAAACCAUGUUGAUGUUGCAGCUUCUUAUAACCACAUUGGUGCGGUGUGUCUUGAUAAAGGUGAGCUGGACCAGGCUAAAGAUUACUAUCAACGAGCACUGGAAAUUCGACAAAAACAACUAGGUCCAAACCAUUUUGAUGUUGCAGCUUCUUAUAACAACAUUGGUAUGGUGUGUGGUGAUAAAGGUGAGCUGGACCAGGCUAAAGAUUACCAUCAACGAGCACUGGAAAUUCGACAAAAACAACUAGGUCCAAACCAUGUUCAUGUUGCAGCUUCUUAUAACAACAUUGGUGUGGUGUGUCGUGAUAAAGGUGAGCUGGACCAGGCUAAAGAUUACCAUCAACGAGCACUGGAAAUUCGACAAAAACAACUAGGUCCAAACCAUGUUAAAGUUGCAGCUUCUUAUAACAACAUUGGUAUGGUGUGUCGUGAUAAAGGUGAGCUGGACCAGGCUAAAGAUUACCAUCAACGAGCACUGGAAAUUCGACAAAAACAACUAGGUCCAAACCAUGUUAAAGUUGCAGCUUCUUAUAACAACAUUGGUAUGGUGUGUCGUGAUAAAGGUGAGCUGGACCAGGCUAAAGAUUACGAUCAACGAGCACUGGAAAUUCGACAAAAACAACUAGGUCCAAACCAUGUUGAAGUUGCAGCUUCUUAUAACAACAUUGGUAUGGUGUGUCGUGAUAAAAGUGAGCUGGACCAGGCUAAAGAUUACCAUCAACGAGCACUGGAAAUUCGACAUAAACAACUAGGUCCAAACCAUGUUGAUGUUGCAACUUCUUAUAAGAACAUUGGUAGGUGCGUCGUGAUAUAGGUGAGCUAGACCAGGCUAAAGAUUAUCAUCAAUGAGCACUUGAAAUUCAACAAAAGCAACUAGGUCCAAACCAUGUUGAUGUUGCAACUUCUUAUAAGAAACUGGUCAUAAAGGGGGGUGGCUGGAAAAAACAGGAUGUGGUAGAUCGAAUUUUGGAUUUCUAAUUUUAACAGCAGUUUUGGGAUGGGUCAUAGUAAAAUGUGCUUGAUUUAUAUAAAUUUCAAAAGGUGGUGAACGUUAUUAAAUAUUAUCUUUUAUUUUUACAAAACAUGGUUGGAGAAAUGUCAAUGAAGAAAU